AAUCCAAAAUAAAUCUAAAUUUGGUCUUUGUGGGGGAGAGACUUUCUCUCUCUUUUCUCUCUCAAUCCUUCAGAGAGAGUAAGUCUUCUCCGAUGCUCAAAUUUGGCUCCGGCAAUGGCCAGCUUCUUCAGUGAUGUUGGUCGGUUUCCGUCUGGCGUCGUUGGCUCCCUUAGCAACGUCGGCUAGCUUUUCUCUGGCAUCGGUGGCUCUGUUUAGCACCGUUGGUCGGCAAAAUUCCAGCACCAGUUGGCUUCUUCCUCAACGGUGGAUGGCUACGUCUCCAUCGAUUCGUCCUUUGAUGAUUCGGAUGGCUUUUGUACCGGUUUUGUCCGGAUUUAUUUUUCGUUUGUUCUUUCGUUCUCUUAAGCUUCGGUUACUUUGUUUGAUUUCUUUGACUCUAUCCUUAGAUCUAGGUGUGUAAUUCUUUGUUCAUCCCUUGCUUAGGGGGCUUAUUUCGUUCUUCUAGCUUAUUGGUUUUUUAAUCAAUUAAGAUAGGAUUGAAGUUGCAGAGCGAAGUUGCGUUUGGUGUCUUUGUUUUUUUUUUUUUUUGAUUGAAUUUGAUGAAAGCAAGUCUAUAUUAGGUGAACUACAAAAUUUCUUUGAAGAGUGAAAGCUGUUGAUUGAAGAAGAAGAUGAUGAAGAUUUUCAGAUUUGCAUUAAGUGGAGUCAUAUUCUCAUCAAAGCUAAAAUUGGAAUUUCGCUUGUUUCUUUGAGCGAAGAUUGAGAUAUGCCGAUUGAAUAAGUUUUCCGGCGAAUUUGGCUAGAGUUGAAGCUUUCGGACAUCACAACGAUCUGCCAGUGAUCGGAGACUCCUACAUCUUCGACUUCCCACGUGCCUUCCAACCUGUUUCCCAUUUGCCACGUGUCUUAUAUGCUGCUGUGUUCAAGUUUAUCCUUCAGUUUAGGGUUCUCUUAAAUGGGCUUUUAUUUUUUUUAUUGGGUUUGUUUGUUUUAGUCUUUGUUGGUAUGUUAUAUUUGGCUCUGUAUUAUGAAUAAAACACACUUGUGACAAAAAGAAAAAAAAAAAAAAAAAAAAAAUCUAAAAUAUAUCCUAAAUUUUGACGAUAAAAGAAAAUCUCGGAAGCCCUAAUUAAGGGAACAUAGUCUGAUGGCGCCACCGCGUAAAAGGCCAUGGAACUUGAUGCCUAUUUAUCUUAACACUAAGCCUGAUGAAUCAGGAGAUUUCGAUGAGUUCAAUCAGCGGUUGAACAAUCUACCUGCGGAGUCGAAUGUUACAUCUGAUGAAGACGCACAGUUUCGUAGAUCGAGAUCGAGAAAAUCUCAGUCGAAAGUUAAUCGUCGAAACGGAAUGUCAAGAGAGCUAGACAAUGGUUAUUAUCCAUCAAAGCGGAGGCAAAAGGAAGCACCUUGUUGUCCUUGGAAUGAUUUAUCUACAAUCCCUCCUCUUGAGCCAUAUCCGAGUCCCGAGUCGAUUAGCUCUGCUAAGUUCAUUGUGGAGAAGAAGUGUUUGAUUCCAGUGCCAAGUUUUAAGGAGGUUGCUGCUAAUGCUAGAAGAUGUUUAAAUACAUCCCCAAUGCCGGUUAGUAGCGAGUCUGCUUCCAACACAAACAGCGGUUCUGACAUAACGAAGGAAGAUAUGAAGAACAAUUCUCCUUUGGAUAGUAAGGAUGUUCAGGGUCCUAGUACUAGCAACGAUAUAAAAUCAGAAAAACCGAAGAUAAUCAAGGUUUAUUCUUUCGCGGAUCUGAUUACUACGACAAACCGAGGAAACAUUCAAACAAAGGAAAGGUCUUUAAACCAUGAGAAGAAACUUGGAAUUGGUGUGGAUAUUGUUGAGCCGAUGAAAUGUAAUGAAGUGACCAAGUGUGAGGUUAAUGCUGACACAAUGUCUCUGCAAAAACGUAACAAGAGAGGUGUCUCUUUGGUCGAACGUUUCACAGAAGAAGAGAUUAAGCUGCAUAUAAUGAGUCUUACGAAGCCAAGUAUUCAGAGCGCAACCAGAGAAAUGUGUGACCACAAGGAGGAGGAGGAGGAGGAGGAAGCAUGUCAAUUGUGUGUUAAUGGCAGACUCUUGUAUCCACCACCCCCUUUAUACUGCUCAUUAUGCAGCCGCCGCAUCGAUGACGAAUCUUUCUAUUACACCCCCGGGGAAGAAGAACUAACCGAUGCAAAACAUCAGAUCUGCAGUCCUUGUCACACUAAAUGUAAAACCAAGUUCACUUUAUGUGGAAUCUUUAUCGACAAAAACAAAAUGCUUAGAAGGAAUAACGUUGACAACGCAAAUACAGAGGAGUGGGUUCAAUGUGAAUCUUGCCAAAAAUGGCAACAUCAGAUAUGUGGUCUCUACAAUAAGCAUAAAGAUCAAGACUACACCGCAGACUAUUUUUGUCCUGAAUGUUUAUUAGAGGAGCUUAAAAGCAUCAACAACAAGCGACUCGAUGACAAUACCGAUUCGGGAGCAAAAGAUUUGCCUGAAACCAUCCUCAGCUACUUCCUAGAGCAAAGGCUAUUCAGGCGCCUAAAGGAAGAAAGAUACCAAACCGCAAAGGCUAGUGGGAAGAGCAUCGAUGAUGUAUCUGAACCAGAAGGUCUUACCCUCAGAGUCGUGUUUUCGGCUGAUAAAACCCUAACCGUCAACAAACAAUUUGCCAAUUUGCUUCACAGAGAAAACUUUCCUAGUGAAUUCCCUUACAGAUCAAAGGUUAUUCUUCUAUUCCAGAAAGUCGACGGAGUUGAUAUAUGCAUCUUUGCCUUGUUUGUCCAAGAGUUUGGAUCAGAAUGUGGCCAACCAAAUCAACGCAGCACAUACAUCGUAUAUCUAGAUUCCGUCAAGUACUUUAGACCUGAGAGAGUAACAUUCGGAGGAGAAGCUCUACGAACAUUCGUUUAUCAUGAAAUAUUGAUUGGAUAUCUUGAGUAUUGUAAGCUUCGGGGUUUCAUGACGAGUUAUAUAUGGGCGUGUCCACCUAAGAAAGGACAAGACUACAUUAUGUAUUCUCAUCCUAAGACUCAGCAAACCCCCCAAACUAAGAAGCUUCGCCAAUGGUAUAUGUCAUUGCUUAAAAAAGCAGCAGAGCGGAGGAUAGUGAUGAAUGUUACAAACUUGUAUGAUCGGUUCUUCGUUUCAACAGAGGAAUAUAUGACAGCUGCGCGGUUGCCUUACUUUGAAGGAUCUUUCUGGUGCACUAGGGCUGAGAUUAUGACUCAAGAGAUUGAGAAAGAAGGCAAUAAUGAGUUGCAGAAGAAGGUUAAAUUGCUUUCUAGAAGAAAACUAAAGACUAUGAGCUACAAAACUACGGCUGGUGUUGAUGUUGAUGAUGUAAAAAACAUUCUCGUAAUGGAAAAGCUCGCGAAAGAGGUAUUCCCAAGUAAGGAGGAUUUCAUGGUGGUGGAUUUGAAUUAUUCAUGCACACGCUGUUCGAAAGCCAUAUUAUCGGGAUUGAGAUGGUUUUGCGAGAAGUGCAAGAAUCUUCAACUGUGUGAAAGCUGCUAUGAUGCAGAACAAGAGCUUCCUGGGGAACACAUAUACAAGAGGAAGGACAAAGAGAAGCAUCAGCUCUCUAAGGUUCAGGUGAACGGCGUACUGUCUUCUACAACAGAGGAUAAUGAUAUCAUUCAAGAAAACGAUAUGUUCGAAAGCAGACAAGCGUUCUUAGCUUUUUCUCAAAAGCAUAACUACAACUUUCACACGCUUCGACAUGCCAAGCAUUCUUCGAUGAUGAUACUUCACCAUCUUCACACCUCAAACAAGCAACAUCACUCUCAAAACUCUAGCAGUCUCACCUGCACGGCCUGCAAAAAAGAUGUGUCGACCACGAUUUACUUCCCUUGUUUGCUCUGUCCGGAUUACCGAGCUUGCACUGGAUGCUAUACCAAAAACACAACCCUUCGUCAUCUUCAUAUUUUCCCCACACUCCCUUCAGCUAAUGGAGCGCCGCCUAGAACAGUAGUGGUUCUUGAGAUAUUGAACGCAAUAUCGCAUGCGUUUCGGUGCCAAGCCACGACCACUAACUCAUGCUCAUACCCGAAAUGCCAUGAAGUUAAAGUAUUGUUCAGUCACAAUGCACAAUGCAAAAUGAGAGAGAAGGGAGCUCGUUGUAACAUUUGCAACAGAUUGUGGCAGACAAUAAGGAUUCACGCGUACCAUUGCCAAGAUCUCAAUUGCCCUGUACCGCACUGCAGAGAUAGGAAGGAAGUCUUGAUUAGGAAGGUGUAAAGGCACUAACAGAGGAGGAUUCAGAAGGACUAAUGUGUACAUUGCUUAGGUGCUCUGAUAGUAUUUGACUUUAUAGAAGACACUGUACAGAAGCUAAAACCUUCUCUUACAUCAAUAAUUAUUCUGUUUUUCAAACUGUCAAGAGUGAUGGACUCAGAUGUUGUUUCAAAUUUUCUUUUCUUUGUCAAGUGUUGUUCAAUAGAUAGAAAA